AUGGAUUCAAAGUUCAUCUCCAUUGCACUUGAGAAGUAUGUACGGGAAGACCUAACCCGAAAGGUAAGGGACUUGCGUAGUAUGUUGCAUGCAAGGCAUGGGCAUGAUGUAACUAUGUACAAGGUUUGGGAAGCCAAACAGAAGGCAGUUGCACGUAUUUACGGGGAUUUUGACGAGUCGUACGCAGAAUUGCCACGAUUUCUAGCUGCAUUGUCUGAUGCAGAUCCGGAUACUGUGACCACAUUAAAGUGUGACCCCAAUGUCCCGGGGACUUGUAUAUUCAACUCCGCGUUUUGGGCUUUCGGUCCGUGUAUUAGAGGGUUUAGGCAUUGCAGGCCGGUGAUAAGCAUAGAUGCAACGCACCUUUAUGGCAAGUACAAAGGAAAGUUGUUGAUAGCAAUGGCAACAGAUGGUAACAACGAGGUUUAUCCACUCGCAUUUGCCGUUGUCGAAAGCGAGAGCACGGAGACAUGGGGAUGGUUCUUGGCAUGCCUGUUGACCUAUGUUACAGACCGCACCAAUUUGUGUAUAAUAUCCGACAGGCAUCGUGGGAUACAAUCAUGCUUCGAUGACACCACUAGGGGCUACUUGCAACCGCCCUUAACCCAUCACCGGCAUUGCCUCCGCCAUUUAGUAAGCAAUGUUAACACUAACUUCAAUAGUGUGCCGUUGAAGAACUUGGUAUGGAACGCAGCAACUGCGAAUCAAGUUAGGAAAUUUGAGAACACCAUGGAUUGCAUCAAGAAUGUCAACCCGGCUGCGUACGACUAUCUUAAGGAGGUAAAUCAAGAAAAGUGGACACUUGUACAUGACCAUGGGCACCGAUAUGGGGCAAUGACAACCAACCUGUCAGAGUGCUUCAAUGGGGUACUUAAGGGCGCACGUAGCUUGCCCAUAACUGCAAUGGUGAAGUUUACAUUUUACAAGGUGAACUCAUACUUUGACGAACGUCGAAACAAAACCCUAGAGAAGUUGGAAGAGGGGCAAGUGUGGUGCAAAUAUGCCUAUGACAAGUUCGAGGAAAAUCAAGAGAAGGCGAAGCUCCAUAUUGUUAGAAGGAUGAGUGCGCAACAACGGUUAUAUACAGUGGAGACACAGUCUUCACUGUUGAACACUGGCGGGGGAGAUCACACCCAUAGGGUUUCCCUCAUAGACAUGACAUGCACGUGCGGCAAAUGGGAAGCAAACAAGAUCCCUUGUUCCCACUUGAUAGCAGUUUGUGCCAAACACAACCAUGAUGCCACUGAGUAUAUGGAUCAUUUCUACCGCCUUGAAGAACGGUAUCACAGCUAUGAGCCUAUAUUCCAACCACUAAAAGAUAGGUUAGAAUGGCCGGAGCCAGCAGAAAGGAGAACCGUGAUGCCAAACCAGCGGUUGAUCCGUGAAAAAGGUCGGCCCAAGUCCACGAGAAUCCGCAAUGAGAUGGAUGACGAGGAUAGGGAGUUGCCAACCUCAUUGUGGAUUGAGAAUGGACCAAAGUUGAAGUGUGGGUUGUGUCGCCAAGAGGGUUAUAACCGUCGUACAUGUCCAACUCGAAAUGUGGCUUCAACAAGCCAUGGUGCUAUGUAG